AUGGAGGCGGGGAGGUUGAUGCGACGCAGCGUCACGCUGGCGGACCAGCUGGCCGCGGUGGGGCCGCCGCAGGCGGUCGGGGCGGCGGCGGGGUCGUGCAACCUCCGCGACCUUCUCAAGCUCCGCGACGAGGACGACCUCGCGGCGGGGCGGCGCGCCGCGGUCACGCUCGCAUCCGCCAUGGCCGCCGAGAGGCAGGUCUCGCUGCCGUCGGCCUCGCCGUCGGCGUCCACCGCCGCGGCGGCGGCUGCUGUAGCGGCGCGCACCCUCCUCGACAUCAUCCGGGACGACCAGCCCCCUCCCGCCGCCGCGUCGGGGGACGGCCCCGGCGCUGCCGACCCCUUCCUCGUCCGCCGCGCGGUGUCGCUGCCCGCCCCGACCACGCCGCCCGCGGUGGCGGAGGCGGCGGAGGAGGAGGAGCAGGGGGAGAGGGUCUCCCUGAUGGCGCUCCUGGAGCAGACCGACAGGCAGUGGAGCGCCGGUGCCGGCGCCGCGGCCCCGCGCGAGGAGGAGGACGUGGCGGGAGCGGAGGCGCUGGAGCUGGUGGAAGACGACACGGAGCCGGGGGCCGGCGCGGGCAGGGGCGUGGUCGCCGGCUGCUGCUGCGUGUGCAUGGCACGGGCCAAGGGCGCGGCCUUCAUCCCCUGCGGCCACACCUUCUGCCGCGCCUGCGCCCGCGAGCUCCUCGCCGGCCGCGGCCGCUGCCCGCUCUGCAACGCCGCCAUCGUCGACGUCCUCGACAUCUUCUGA